UAGUGCAUCUUCAGUCUUCACAGAAACAGAGAAGACAGUGAGUGAACGCAGAAUGUAGCACACCAAGCCAGCCCAUCAUGGCCCAUCUCAAUCAUUCUGUGCGGUCAUUGUUCUGUUGUUGCUGUUGUGCAGUGCAGACUAGUUCUCACCUGAGUGUAAACGAGGGCAGACGCUUCCACUCAGGACAUGGCAACAGAAGCGAGCACUCCCGCCGCAAGCUGCCCCUGCCACCUCCUGAGGACGACAACGGUCCGAGGAAGAAGGUGCUGGCCAUGUAUGACUUUGUGGCCCGCGAGCCCACUGACCUGACGCUGCGGAAGGGAGAGGAGUACACCAUCCUACACAAGCAAGACCAGCUGUGGUGGAGGGCAGAGGACAAAUACGGCAAUAAGGGUUUCAUUCCCAGUAACUAUGUGACAGAAAAGGACACAAUUGAAGCUAAUCUAUGGUACUGCAAACACAUUACAAGAGCCCAGGCGGAGCAGCUGCUACAGCAAGAGGGUAAAGAGGGGGGAUUCAUAGUGAGAGACUCCAGUCAGCCCGGAAAUUACACGGUGUCAGUGUAUACUAAAGCUGUCAGGAAGGAGGGAGAUGUGAAGCACUACCAGAUAAGGCACUCUCCUGCGGGCCAGUUCUUCCUGGCUGAGAGACAUGUUUUCAGUUCUAUACCUGAGCUCAUCCAGUACCACCAGUUCAACGCUGCAGGUCUGAUCUCCAGGCUGCGCUACCCUGUGGGGGCGAUGGGCCGCUGUGAGCCGGCCACCUCAGGCUUCAGCUCAGAUAAGUGGGAGAUUAACCCGGCGGAGCUGACCUUCAUGAAGGAGCUGGGCAGUGGGCAGUACGGAGUGGUGCGACUGGGCAAGUGGAGAGCGCAGCACAAAGUGGCCAUCAAGGCCAUCAGGGAGGGAGCCAUGUCUGAGGACGACUUCAUCGAGGAGGCCAAGGUCAUGAUGAGACUGUGUCACCCUAAGCUGGUGCAGCUGUACGGUGUGUGUCUGCGGGAGCGGCCGAUGUGUAUCGUGACAGAGUUCAUGGACAACGGCUGCCUGCUUGACUUCCUGCACCUCCACACGGGCAGCAUGGGUAAAGACCAGCUGCUGGCUCUGUGCCAGGAUGCUUGUGAGGGGAUGGAGUACCUGGAGCUCAACAACUUCUUACACCGAGACCUGGCUGCACGCAACUGUCUAGUGAACAAGAGCAACGUGGUGAAAGUCUGUGACUUUGGCAUGACCAGAUAUGUUCUAGACAAUCAGUACGUCAGCUCCAUGGGUACCAAGUUCCCAGUGAAGUGGUCUCCCCCUGAGGUUCUGCACUUUUAUAAGUACAGCAGCAAGUCUGAUGUCUGGUCCUACGGUGUGUUGAUGUGGGAAAUUUUCACAGAGGGGCGGGUCCCAUUUGAGAACCGGACCAAUCAAGAGGUGGUGGAGGAGGUCACCCAGGGCAAUCGUCUGUACCGCCCACACAAGGCCUCGCCGAAGGUCUAUGAUAUUAUGUUCAAAUGCUGGGAUGCGAAGCCACAAGAACGUCCAUCUUUCUCUGAACUGCUAGUUAACAUCCGAGAACUGGCAGAAGAGUCGUAGCAGACAGCCUAGGCAAGCAGAUACACAAUCAGAGAGACACCGAGACAGCCAAAUACAAGACUGACUCAUAAAUAUUAAAAACAGAACAGAAGGACACAAACAAAUAUGUGGUGAAAGAGGUUGGCAGUACAAAAUCUGACUGACUGACUGACUGACUGACUGACUGACUGACAGACAUGCAUCCAGAGUUGCAGCCAAGGCAACAAACACAAAUGCCCCGAAAACAGGGUGUGGAUAUGCUAGUAGUGACUCCUUAGACAACAAAAGACAGCUGACAAUUGUGUAAAUAAAAAGGAAAAUACUAUAUACAACAAUGUUGAAUUCCAUGUACAAAAAAUAUAUAUGUAAAUAAAACCUCUUUGCUCUUCCUUGUUGAAUAUAUUUGUGUGUGUGUGUGUGUGUGUGUGUGUGUGUGUGUGUGGUCAGGGCAUGUUUUAGCAAAAUGGUAGAUGCCUGCAUUGUGUGUGAGCAAUUCUCUGUGAUCAAUGCCAACCCAACAUUUGUUAAAUCCACACAUACAGUAUAUCAUGCCAGAGCCCUCAUACCACAGGUUUCUGUGAUUGCUAUUAGGGUUUACAUCAAAUGUUUUCACAGGUUCUAACAGGCUUCUCUUACAAACAACACCAGCACACUGUAAAAUGUCUAGUAUUUUGGUGACAUCAUGCUAUAAAAUAUCUUAUUAUGUUUUCUAUAAAACAUUUUCUCAGAUUUUCCAAUCUUUGUAAACAGAUAAAAUAAAAUAUAGGUCUGUGGGAAACUUUCCAGUAAUUAAAACUUUAGCUGUUUAAUGUCUACUCGGGUUGUUGUUGUCCAACUGGCUAUACACUUA